AUGUCGUUUUUAAAAUUCACUUAUAGAAACUCUUGGCGAUACUAUAGCCAGUCCACACGGCAUUUGCAUAAAAUAUCUAUAAGACAGCUAAUAAUACCUACAUCAAUCGCUUUUUAUUUGACCCAUAAUUCAGUUUCAAAACAAUAUCGUUUGAUAUACAAUGACUCCCUAAAACCGGAUCCCAAAGGUGACACUUUCGAAAUGGGCCUCUACGUUUCUUCCGAAAACGAAUUGCAGGAAAAGCUCAUAUCCUUCAGGUCGACAAAGAUCAUUGAAUCACCCAAUAAACUAAUAAGAUGUCUAAGGAUUCUUUGGUUCGGUUUCAACGAUAAUGUUGUCGAACCUGUAUGCACCAUUUUAAGGUUUUUAGAGAUUUCUGCCAUUUUUUUACCCCUUCUGCUGUUGUACCCCAUAUCAUGGUUCGGUCAUAAAUUUAGAGUUACGGAUACCAAUAUAACUGAAACUCGAGGUUCAUUAAUUUGGUGCCAACUGCUGCGUAAAGCAUUGGAAUUGGCUGGUCCUAGUUUCAUUAAACUCGGACAAUGGGCAGGGUCGAGAACCGAUAUAUUCUCUCACGCCUUGUGUCAUGAAUUAGGUAAAUUGCAUAGUAACGUGUCAGCACACUCUCUAAGCUUUACCCUAAAAAAGCUUUCCCAAGCUUUGAAGGUUGACAAGAUUGAAGAUGCUUUUGAUGAAUUUAAUCGUACACCAAUCGGAGUUGGGUCCAUCGCACAAGUUUACGUGGGUGAAUUAUCUCAGAAGUACAUUGAUAAAUAUGAUAAUAUACAAAUCGGAAAGGAUGGAAAUCGCUGGUGUGCAAUCAAGAUUUUGCAUCCAAAUGUAAGAUCUCAGAUCCGGAGAGAUUUGAAAAUAAUGAAAUUUUUUGCUGACACAAUAAAUUGGAUUCCGACUAUGGAAUGGCUGUCCUUACCCAGCGAAGUCAAUCAAUUUUCCAUAUUAAUGAAUAUUCAGUUGGAUCUAAGAAUCGAAGCGUUGAACUUAGAAAGAUUCAAUGAAAAUUUCAAAAAUUCUAUUCAGGUGAAGUUUCCAAAACCGUUUCUUCCCUUAUCAAAUAGGGAUGUUAUGUUCGAAGAGCAUGUAUAUGGCCUCUCCAUGGAAAAGUUUUUAUCUACGAAAAAGCAAAUUGACGAUGUUGAACUUUGUAAGAAGGUCAGCGAUCCUUUCGUUGACGCGUUUCUACAAAUGUUGAUUCUUGAUGAUUUUGUUCAUGCUGAUCUGCAUCCCGGCAAUGUUAUAAUCAGAUUUGUCAAGACGAACAAAUACGGCACAAACAUCAUAUCCUCCGAACUUGAAUCGUUCAGGAUAACGCACGCCUUAAGGAGGAAAAUAGAGGAAAACCGAGAUCAGGACUUUGUUGGAGAACUAAAGUCCGUCUUGACUAAUUACACUCCUCAAAUAUGUUUCAUCGAUACAGGAAUAAUUACAGAACUGAAUGAAAAAAACAGAAUAAAUUUCAUAGCGCUAUUUAAUGCAUUGGCUCGAUUUGAUGGUUAUAGGGCUGGUGAGUUGAUGAUUGAAAGGUCAAGGACUCCAGAAACAGCCAUUGAUAAGGAAGUAUUUGCUUUCAAAGUUGAAAAGCUAGUGGAUAAAGUUAAACAAAGAACAUUUACACUGGGAACUGUCUCAAUUGGUGAUUUGCUCGACCAAAUGCUAAGUAUGGUACGGUCCCAUCAUGUUAGAAUGGAAUCUGAUUUUGUUUCUGUGGUAGUUGCUAUUUUACUUUUGGAAGGUAUUGGACGCCAAUUAGAUCCAAACUUGGACUUAUUUGAAAGUUCGCUGCCUAUAUUACGUGAAUUUGGGUUUAAGCGGGAAGCCAAAAGUCUCUUGAAAGAUGCAAGCACAUUAUCAAUGCUCAAGAUAUGGGUUGGUUUAGAAGUGCGUCAAUUAAUGCAUCUCUCGAUGAAACAAAUAUAUGAUCUUGUCAGGACUGACCAGCUGUGUCCUAAUUAUUAA